CGGCUAAACCCUGCUUGACUUUGUUUCUUCUUCAUCGUUCACCGCCGCGUUCUCAGUCUCAGUUCCUUCUUCUCAAAUUCCUCUUGCUUUCGGUUCUAAAAGUCGCAGUAGCGGAGCAGUCAAAUGGGUAAGUUGGGGAAGAAAGCUAGGAAAUUUGCCAAGAAAAAUCUCCAGUCUGUUGAUAAACGAAACAGGAAGCUGAAGCCUUUCUUCAAAAAGAAAUUUGCAAAGAAGAAUGGGCGUCGCGAUGUGGGAGAUGAAAAGGAGGAGAAGAAGGUUGAGCAGAAACCUAAGAAGAGAUUCCCUGAAGAAGAUCCUCAGGAUAUAUCCAUAGAUGAUGUAUUCGGAAAGGAUGAUGAUGAAGUUCACCACGAUGGUGAUUCUGAUAGUGAUGGAUAUCUGGAUGAGGACCCUGCCGCUGUAAAGGGAGCAGAAGGUGAAAUCAGUGAUAGUAAGAUGUCGAUGCAGAGCAAAGCGAGUCUGUCAGAACUUAAAAAACAGAGGAGAAAGCUAGCGAAAUUGAAUGAAAAGUUGGUAGACGAAGCUGACUCAGAUAAAUCGAAGCGCAAAGUACUCUCAGGAUCUGUUUUAGGCACUUGCUGUGACCUAGUUGAUGAGGAGCAGUCUGUUCAAGCAUUAGUUAGGUUGUUAAAUUGGUAUCGAGCUGCAUGUCAUUAUGGGCACGAACCAUCCGGAAUUGCUAGUCCUGAUAUAUGCUAUGACAUAGAAGACAAUGAAACAUAUGCCAAGGUCAUGAUUUUUGUGCUCCAAAAAGCUGAUCACACUUUCAGGAAUAUUCUGGGAUUAUCAGACUCCAGUAACAAGGAGAAGAUUUUGAAGUUGAAGAACAACCCAAAAUGGGAUAGUUUAAAACCACUGGUCAAAUCUUUCUUAAGAAGUACCAUGUAUCUUGUUAAGCACGCAGCAGAUUCGGAGAUGAUAAUUUUUGGUGUUACCCAACUUAGAGUUUCAAUCGUGUUUUUUGCUGCAUUUCCAGAUCUUCUGAAAAAAUUGAUCAAGAUAUCUAUUCACCUGUGGGUAACCGGUGAAGAUACUCUAUCGCAGCAGGCUUUUCUGACCUUGAAAGACAUCAGUAUGGUUUUCAACUCGGAAUGCUUUGAUACCUGCUUAAUCAACAUGUACAAAGCCUUUCUACAUGACUGCGAUAUACCAAAGGCAAAUUCAGAACAACGUCUGCUGUUUCUAAGAGAUUCUCUUGUUGAGCUGUGCUCUCAAGAUGUGCAGAAGUCUUAUACCAAGGCCUCUGUCUCUAUCACACAACUUGCCAAGUUAUUGAAGAUGGCUCUCACUACAAAGAAUAAGGAAGCUGUCGAGAAGAUACACAGUGGGCAGUACACAAACUGUGUUGAUCUCUGGGUAAAUUUUAUUGCCGCCAACGUUCAGGAUUGUGAUCUCAAGCCCCUGGUUUAUACUAUAGUUCAGGUUAUAAAUGGAGUUGCUCAACUAAUUAUUGGACCACGGUACCUGCUCCUAAGGGUUAAAUGUAUCCAAUGGCUCAAUCAACUCUCUCGGACAAGCGGUAUAUUCAUUCCCAUUGCAUCAUUGGUAUUGGAUAUGUUGGAAUAUAAAACCACAAAUGAUGGUGAAAAGCAAGAACAGGAGCUUCAAGCUGUCUCAACAGUAAAGCUACCCAAGAAUUGGUUAAAGUCCCAAAAUUUCCAAGAACAGUGUAUCUUUUCUGUGAUUGAAGUGCUUGCUGUUCACUUUGCUCAAUGGAGCUUCCACAUAUCGUUUCCAGAACUUGCUACUAUUCCCAUCAUGAGGCUGAAGUAUUUUUACGAGAGAAGCAAUAUGGAAGGGUUGAAGCGAGUGGUGAAACGCUUUAUCGAGCAGGUAGAGUCGAACAUUGAGUUUGUGCAAAGGAAGAGAGAUGAUGCUACUUUCUCUCCAAACGAUCAACAAUCUGCAGACAUGUUUAUGCAGCUUGAAAAGCAAAAUGCUAAAGCUCCUUACACACAAUACUAUCAAAGCAUCAUAGAUAAAGCCCGUGGAACGAAAAAGAAGAAGUGAGUUAAAUUGCUUCAACGCAGAUUCCCUUGAAACUACCUCGAAUUUUGUACAACAUUUUUGGGUUUCAUGAAUUACAAAAAAUAUAUGUGAGACCAUUAUUGGAUUUCAUAUUGGUUUGGACUUCCCUACA